AUGCCGGCGGCCAAGAACGAGGAGGAGCUGCCCCUGGCGGGCAGCGAGAAGCCGGCGCACGAGAGGGCCGCGGACGACCUUGUCAACGAAGCCUUCAUGAAGGCCGCCGCCAUGUCGGCAAUCGCGGGCGUGCGCAUAGGCCACGGCGGGCCCUUCGGGGCCUCGAUCGUGCGCGACGGCGUCCUCAUUGCGUGCGCGCCCCGUCCAAUCCCCCCACCGACGUUUCCCCUUGCCUUUGGAACCUGA